AUGCAGACAGGCGGCCAUCCAUCUCGCCAUUCACUGGGAAACGCAGUGAUUCAGAGUGUAUUCCUCUACACUCCCUGUCUCUCAUCCGCCGUCUGCCAGCAGCGGCGACAUCGUCUGGUUGGAGAAAAAGGAUCUGAGUCAACCCUAAUUAGCCGGGCUCUACUGGCUCACUUAGUGAUUAUCAUAUUACCUAAGCUGGCAUUAACAGCCCAAAUGACUUAA